AGUCGGUGUAAGUUCAGGAGGCAGCAGAAUGCUGACACUUCUCCAUCCCGACAUGGCUUAAGCUCUCGAUGCGCUGCACGUUUUCUUUCCUUUUGUGUAAGCUGCUUUCUGCAUCGGUGAGCAGCAGAAAGAACUCUGUGCGUUUGUGUGUGAGUGUGUGUGUGUGUGUGUGUGUGUGUGUAUGCGUGUGUGUGUGAGAGAGAGUGAGAGAGAAAGAGAAAGCACAGGACUGUAGGAUGGACAGGAAGAUCAGGAUGAUGCGCUCGGGAUGCAUCCGCUUCCUCUGGAUCUUCAGCAUCAGCAUCAGUGCUCACGCUGCUUCUCCAUCCACCCAGAAAUGUGAUGAUGCUCUGGCCACGCCCCUUUCCCAUAGUGCCUUCAGCAGCUCGUCUGUGUUCACCAUUGGUUACGGUCCUGAAUACGCCAAGCUGAACAGGAGAGGAGGUGCUGGAGGCUGGUCUCCUCUCGACACUGAUCAUUACCCAUGGCUGCAGGUGGACCUGGGAAGCAGGAAGCAGGUGACUGCGGUCGCCACUCAGGGUCGAUACAGCAGUUCGGACUGGACCACACGCUACCGACUGCUCUACAGCGACACGGGCAGGAACUGGAAACCCUACCAUCAGGAUGGAAACAUCUGGACAUUUACAGGAAACUCAAAUACAGAGAGCGUGGUGCGCCACAAUCUUCAGCACAGCGUCGUGGCCAGAUUUCUAUGCUUAAUCCCUCUGGACUGGAGUGAAGAGGGUCGAAUAGGCUUGAGGAUAGAGAUCUAUGGCUGCUCAUACUGGGCCGACGUGAUUAACUUCGACGGACAGGGCGUGAUCUCCUACCGUUUCAAGAUGAAGAAGAUGAAGAUACUGAAGGACGUGAUAGCGCUGAAGUUUAAGACGGCCGAAAGCGAUGGAGUGAUCCUGCAUGGUGAAGGUCAGCAGGGUGAUUACAUCACUCUGGAGCUGAGGAAAGGAAGACUGGUGCUCCAGAUAAACCUGGGCAGCAACCAGUACGGCUCCAUCCUGGGCCACACGUCUGUGAGCAGCGGCAGCCUGCUGGAUGAUCAUCACUGGCACUCGGUGGUGAUCGAGCGCUACAGGAGAAACGUUAACUUCACCCUGGAUCUUCACACGCAGCACUUUCGCACCAACGGAGAGUUUGAUCACCUCGACCUCGAUUAUGAGUUGAGUUUUGGAGGGAUGCCGUACUCAGGAAAACUCAUCUCAGGAGGUCGGAGAAAUUUCAAAGGUUGCAUGGAGAGCAUCAACUAUAACGGUGAAAACAUCACAGACCUGGCUAGAAGGAAGAAAGUGGACACGUCCAGCUUCCGCAAUUUGACAUUCUCCUGUGUGGAAUCUCACACCUUCCCGGUUUCCUUCAAUGCCACGAGUUUCCUGCAGCUGCCUGGUAGAAGGGAGACUAACAUGGUGUCUGUGAGCUUCCAGUUCCGCACGUGGAACUCUAACGGCCUGCUGGUGUUCAGCUCGCUGGCUGACGGCAUGCUGGAGCUCACUCUGAAAGACGGAAAAGUCACGGCACACAUCAGCAUCCAGCAGCAGAAGAACCUGGGUGUAGACAUGACCUCAGGGUCUGGGCUGAACGAUGGAGAAUGGCACGAUGUUCGUUUCUUGGCCAAAGAAAACUUCGCCACAUUGACCAUCGACAGAGACGAGGCUUCGGCUGUGAGGACCAACACCCCUGUUCAGAUCACAACUGGAGGAACGUACCACUUUGGAGGUUAUUUCCUGCAGACCCAGACGUCUCCAUCCCAGCGCUCGUUUCAGGGCUGCAUGCAGCUCAUCCAGGUGGACGAUCACCUGGCCGACCUGGUGGCGCUGGAGCGGGGCAUGCUGGGAGCUUUUGAGAACGUCAGUUUGGACAUGUGUGCCAUCAUAGACAGAUGUUUGCCUAAUCUCUGUGAGCAUGGAGGAAGGUGCUCUCAGAACUGGGACAGUUUCAGCUGCUCGUGUGACGGCACUGGAUACACCGGAGCCACCUGUCACACGUCUCUGUACAAACAGUCCUGCGAAGCUUAUAAGCACCUGGGGAAAUCUUCAGACGUCUAUUGGAUCGAUCCUGAUGGCAGCGGACCUCUAGGACCCUUCAGAGUCUUUUGCAACAUGACGGAGGAUAAGGUAUGGACGACAGUUGUGAACGACCUGCCGACUCAGACAGUCGUAUCGGGUUCGAGCAGGGACAGACGCACCGUGCUGAAUCUGAACUACAGCGCCACCAUGGAGCAGAUCAGUGCCAUUACAGACACCGCCGAACACUGCGAGCAGCACGUCACCUACACCUGUCGCUCAUCACGCCUCCUCAACACUCCAGAUGGGACUCCAUACACAUGGUGGGUUGGCAGAGGGAAUGAGAAACACUUCUAUUGGGGCGGCUCAGCGCCGGGGGUUCAGAAAUGCUCCUGUGGCAUCGAGCACAACUGCAUCGACCCCAAACACCACUGCAACUGCGACGCAGAUCAGAAACAGUGGAGAGAGGAUUCAGGGCUUCUGGUAUAUAAGGAUCACUUACCCGUGAGCGAGGUAGCUGUAGGCGACACAAAUCGACCCGGAUCAGAGGCCAAGCUCACAGUGGGACCUCUGCACUGUCACGGAGACCGCAGUUAUUGGAAUGCAGCUUCCUUUAACACGCCAACCUCCUACCUUCACUUCUCCACUUUCCGAGCUGAAACCAGCGCUGAUAUCUCCUUUUACUUCAAGACCUCUGCACCUCACGGGGUUUUCCUGGAGAAUCUGGGCAACACAGACUUCAUCCGGCUGGAGCUGAAAUCACCCAAUGUUGUUACCUUUUCCUUCGACGUCGGGAACGGGCCCAUGGAGCUGAACGUUCACUCACCCACGCCUCUAAACGACGACCAGUGGCAUCGAGUCAGCGCCGAGAGAAAUGUCAAAGAGGCCGUGCUUCAGCUGGAUCAGCAAUACAGACAGGUUCGAGCUGCACCUGCACAGGGACACACACGCCUGGAGCUCUACAGUCAGCUGUAUGUGGGCGCAGCAGGAGGACAGAGAGGCUUCCUCGGAUGCAUCCGCUCCCUGAAGAUGAACGGCGUGACCCUCGACCUGGAAGAAAGAGCAAAGGUCACUCCUGGAGUGAAACCCGGAUGUUCGGGUCACUGCACCAGUUUCGGGAUGUACUGCCGCAACGGAGGGAAGUGUGUAGAGAAGUACAACGGCUACUCGUGUGACUGCAGCGACACGGCUUACGACGGACCCUUCUGCACUAAAGAUGUGGGAGCAUAUUUCGAGGCAGGAACGCUGAUCCGCUAUAACCUGAUUCCGGAUGUGACGUCCUCAGUGUCAGGCGUGGAAGGAAAGGAUUUCUCCCAGUCUCUACCCACAGACGUGAAUCUGACCCAUGAGGUUGUGAGCUUCAGCUUCAGCACAUCCAGCACACCCAGCAUCCUCCUGUACAUCAGCUCGAGGACGCGUGACUACAUGGCUGUGGUGCUGAGACGCAACGGUUCUCUACAUCUGCGUUAUAACCUCGGUGGUCUGCUCGAGCCCUUCGCUGUCGAUCUGGAUCAGCGCAAUUUGGCCAACGCACAGCCACACAGUGUCAAUAUCACAAGAACAGAAAGGGAAAUCCACGUCCAACUGGACCAUUAUCCUUCGGUCAGCUACACACUCCCCGAAGCCUCAGACACACACUUCAACCAGGUCAAGACUCUCUUUCUAGGAAAAGUCUUCGAAACCGGUCCUAUCGACCCAGUGCUGAUAGAGAAGUAUAACACCCCUGGCUUCGUAGGCUGUCUCUCCCAAGUGCAGUUUAACAGCAUCGCUCCUCUGAAAGCAGCUCUUCGUUCACAGCCCGCUGCGUCUGUCUCACACCAGGGCAAACUGGUCGAGUCCAACUGCGGUGCGUCCCCCCUCACUGUCUCACCAAUGUCCGCUAACACUGACCCCUGGCACCUGGAUGGAGGUGCCGAUUUCCCCUUCAAUGAGGAGAGAGUCGUACCAGAUGGGUUGAACAAGAACUCAACAAUAAUCGGAGGCAUCAUUGCUGUGGUGAUCUUCACCAUCCUGUGCACUCUGGUGUUCCUGAUUCGCUACAUGUUCCGCCACAAAGGAACGUACCACACCAACGAAUCCAAAGGGGCCGAACACUCCGAAUCGGCUGAUACGGCCAUCAUCAGCGCGGAACCCAACUUCACAGAGACCAUCGAAGAAAACAAGAAAGAGUGGUUCAUCUAACAUGGGGACUGUACACAGUCUUUCAGUCUCGUUGAACCAAAUGUAAAAUGCUGUAAUGAUAGAGGUAUAUGGUGAUAUGAGGAUUUAUGUCUGUUUUCGCACUGGCCCAAACUGUAUUGUAUCAAUUUGUAGAAGAAUAAAUAGUGGGGUUCAGUGGGGAAGGCAGUCAAAGCAGGUCCAAAGAAAGCAGGUUGUGCACCAUUGGGAACAAAAGCGUGCCUGUCUCUUAUUCUAGACUUUUCUCAAGGCAAAGCAGCGCACAACAGCUUGCUGAGAGCUCACGUGAUGGAUGGAUGCUCCAAGAGACUCUGUAAAUGUGGAGCAGGGGUACGAUCUGGGACGGUUUGCUUUUUUCUGCAUUUUUUUAACGUGUAUUUUAUAUCAUGCACUUUUUUGAUCAGGGAACACUAAGUGGCUUUGUUAAUUAGUUGUUAAUUUGGUGUAAUCGGCCACUGACAGACCAUUCUAAAUUACUAAAAUAAAAUGCUGUAGCCAUGGACAUUGAUUGCACUUCUGUACAGAAUGAAUACAUAUAAUUAAUGAGCUGAAAUAGAACCAUCUACGACUGGAAAUAAAGUAU